AUGGCCAUGCGAACUGCUGAUUUUAGAGUCAGCGGCAAGGUGCAGGGGGUCUUCUUCCGCGCGUUUGUGCGAAACACUGCACAGGACCUCAGAAUUGUAGGCUGGGUAAAGAACGAGCCGAGUGGAGACGUUGUCGGUACGGCACAGGGACCAGAAGAUGCGUUGACGAAGUUCAAAGAAGCGCUGCAUCAAGGACCUCCUCAGGCCCACGUUAGUGGCGUACAGUUUAGCAAUGAAUCAGCUUUGGAACGGCCACAGUACCAAGGUUUCGAGAAGGUCAAGAACCACCGUGCCGGCGCGUAG